GUGGAAAGGAAUCAGUAGGAUUAUUUUUUAUUUGAUGUCUUGCUGGGAUCUGAUUCAUGUGAAUAUGAUCGACAGGGAACAGAGCAAAAUGAUGAGGUUUCAGGGCGCCACUUACAUUGACUGCCCUAUGAAGCCAUGUUUCCUUUGCAAAAUGCCUGGGCAUACCACGAUGACAUGCCCGCACAAAGUGGCUACUGAGUUUGGGGUUUCGCCUGCACCCUUGAAGACCUCUCAUAGUUCGUUGAAGUAUCUUUUCGAGCGCCAACUUAGGUGUCGUGUGCCUGCGAUGAAGCCAGCAUUUGUGAUUCCAAAUAAAGUGAACUGUGCAGUAAUUAGAUAUCAUAGCAGGCGUGUUACAUGUUUGGAGUUCCACCCGUCAAAAAACAACAUUCUUAUAUCUGGUGACAAGAAAGGACAGCUUGGAGUUUGGGAUUAUGGGAAGGUGCACGAGAGGAUAGUAUAUGGAAACAUACAUAGCUGCAUAUUGAAUAACAUGAAGUUUAAUCCGUUAAAUGAUGGAACAGUUUAUGGUGCGUCUUCAGAUGGAACAGUCAGCAGCACUGAUUUAGAAACUGGAAUUUCGUUGUCAUUGGUCAACCUCAAUCCUAGUGGGUGGCAGGUUUGUGGUGGAUUAAAUGAGUCGUACGUUGAGCUGAAGAGGCUUGUGAAUUCACAAGAAAAGUUGUACCAUAUGACUAGCUAGUUGCAUAUUUAAUAUGUUUAGUAUUUUUGUAAGGCAUAAUAGUAUAGAUAGAGCAGUUGUUGAAUUUUGACUAUAUUCAAAUCUUGUAUGAAUUCUUUUUUAUGAUAAUAAUAUAAAAUUAAAUAUUUUGGAUGAUAUAUAA